GGCCCUCAUCACAUUAACCCGGGCGGGGUUUUGGCCCGUAAUCGUCAUUUGCUCGUAUACGAAUUCAAGAUGGUGUUGCCGAGCCGAACGGCGAUUGCUGUCGAAUGGGCCUUGGUCAUCCUGGCCUAUGUUUUUGUCGCGGCCCGCAUUUACGUUCGACUGCGACUGAGACGGCACGCCCUCAACGUCUCAGAUUACUGGCUACUUCUUGGUAUGGCAGCAGCGCAGGCGGUGGUAAUAUGCGAGACAUUGAUAUAUACACACCAUGCUCUUGGAAAUCUCAGAGAUUCGGCGACACCCGUGGAGAAGUUGCGGUUUGCAAGUAAUUUCUUUUUCUACCUCGGCCUCUACUUUCCGAAAUUCAGCAUCAUCAACUUUUACUACAACCUCGUUCCCCCAACCGAAUCCCGAAUGCGAGCCACGCUCUACGCCCUCACCACCUUCACGGCCCUCAGUACUCUAGUGACUCUCUUCACCAACAUAUUUUGGUGUGGGCCGAACGUGGCUGUCAACUGGUCACAAGAUCCCGAUUCUUGUACUACAUAUCGGCAUGGGGACCUCAUGAGACUGAAUUGGGCGUUGUGCUUUAUUACGGAAGUAUUAUUCUUUAUGUUUCCCUUUCCUUUGAUCAAGGAUGUGAAACUUCCCUCCAGAAAGGAGAAAAUAAGUGUCAUGCUUAUUUUCGCCCUGGGUAUUAUCACGAUUGCAGUGAGCAUAACGCGAAUUGCAAUGACGCAAUAUUUCAAACAUGACCAACUCGUCGACAUAUGGGCAAUGGCUCAAAUGUGCGUCUCGAUUAUCAUCGUCGCUAUGACAGCCCUUCGGCCUCUUCUCCGCAAAAUCUCCAACAUUUUCUCUCAAGGAAAUACUGGCAGAGAUGCAGAGUCGGCUUUUAGAGUUCCCUCAGUGGAUAUAUCAGCCCGGAUUGGUGGGAUCGCGACAGUUACUAGCACUGGUGUCUAUUGGCAGAAACGCGACGGAUCACACGAAAGCCACGUUUCUGCGGCAAGUUUGGAGCACCACGACCAAACAGGAAGUCAGGUUGAGCUGACCCGUAUGAUGGCGAACAAGAUUCUUAAGACUGAGGAGAUUACAAUAAAGAUCGAGAGGAAUCCCAAGUUCAACGGCCAUUCUAGAGGGAGCUAGAAAGAGAUGGGUAGAUUCGAAUGUUGGUAGUGAGGCUAGAUAGUAUAAUGGAAUUGACUUAAAAUCAC